AUGACCAUCACAGGAAUUGUUGGAAAUCUACUGGUGCUGGCUUUGUUUUUGCACAGUGCACUCUAUGAUUGCAAGCUGAAGAAAGCAGAGAUAAUUCUAGCAAACCUGGCUGCAUCCAGCCUUCUUGUGUGUUUUACAGGAGGAGUCCCAAACUUCCUGUAUGUGUUUGGAGUAAAGAAUUUUAUCAUUGAUGCAGGAUGCAAAUUUAUUGUCUUCAUAUUUAGGGCUUCAAGGGCCUUAACCAUUAUGUUAACUAGCUUCCUUAGUUGUUUUCAGUGUGUUAUUAUUUGUACAAGUAGUCUAAGAUUGACUUCUGUAAAGCACACCCUACAAAAAUAUGUUGCACCUAUCAUUAGUUUUUUCUAUACCUUGAGCAUGGUAUUCAGCAUAAACCUUAUACUUAUGUCAUCAUCUUACAACAACAACUCCAGUAUUCCGAAAUACAGUUUUGUUUUAGGAUACUGUCUAGUUGUUUAUCCUGACCAGAUCACGGUGCAGGCCACAGGUUUCUUUAUUUUGGCACGAGACCUACUGUUUGUAAUCCUUAUGGCUUCUUCAAGUGCUUAUAUUUUAUUUGUCCUUUUCAGGCAUGCAAGGAAAGCAAAAGAAAUCAGGAGCUAUGAUCCAAGUUCAAAACCUGCUGCGGAAAGCCAUGCAGCAAAAACUGUGAUCACAUUAGUCACUUUGUAUGUCUCCUUAUUUGGGAUUGACAACCUGAUCUGGUGUUAUCAGUUAACAGUUCCUAAAGACGUCCUCCCAAUCAUAUCAGAUGUCCGUUAUUUAUUUUCUAUGUGUUAUACAUUGCUGUUUCCCAUUGUGGUCUCCACCCUAAACCCAAAGGUCCGAAGCAAGUUCCAGCCUUCCAUAUCAGAGCAUGAUACAAAGAUGCAGAAAGUUGCUUUUUGCAGUGGUGAGUACAGCUGA